UCACCGCCCUGGUAAGAGUAUCCUACUUAUACCGUUGCCUUUCGAAAUCAUACAUAGUCGUCGUCGGCUCGAUCGCCGUUACGCCGCGUCUCCUCUCUGUUUUCCAUCGGACAGCAGUAGUUUGUACUUACAUUUGACAAACGGAUAUGAUUACUUAUUAAGUAAUCAAGCAAACACGUGAUUGGGACUCUUGGGUCGGUGACUCCUCGGGUCACGGUGGGGUAGAUGUAAUAUGACCGGUGACUAUUGCCGAUACUCGUGCACGUGUGGGUGUGUACUUGUGUGCCGUUGGUGUACUCGGUAGCCGAUCGCAACCGGCCCGAGUUGAUGAGCAUUCUCGGACGUGCGCGACACAAAAAGGUGCCCCCGGAGCUUGGGAGUUGGUCGGCGCGCAGUGUUAUUGUGAAAGUGCGCUUUGCGUAUUUUUAGAUCCCAGUUCCAGUUGGUGCUUGGAUUCAUUUGGGAUUUUACCGAUUGACCUUUCUUUUUUUCAUUUCCAACGAUCGCAAGUACAAACUCGUAGGGAAAAUGACCGGGGAGGACGAGAUGUGGGAGAACUUUUAUCACAAGUUCGUUGCCGAUCAGGAGAAGAAAAUGAAGGAGCCGCAAGAGCGGAGUAGCCAUGAGGCCAGUACUGACGGUAUCUCUCCUAACAUGAUUGAAAUAUCCGAUAAUUUUUGGAUCCAGGAGGAGGACAACAGUUUUUUCGAGAAGCUCGGGACUAGUCUUGCCGACAAGGCCAAGGCGCAGCGGCUCGAGGAAAGUUUGCCCGAGGCGACACCCCCGUGUGACUUUGAGGCCAACGAGGAGGCCGUCGGUACAUGUAACACCGGCCAAGAGGGGAAGGAGGAGGUGGAGGACAUCGAGGCGCAUUUCUGCGUGGCCAAGCAGAGGGAGGCCCUCUACGCCGAGAAGGAGAUCGCCCUCAAGGGGGAGCAGGUUGCCGACUCCACCGAGUCCGAAAGCGAGAAUGGAGAGACCACGUACAACGUCGUCGCAAAGUCCGUUGGAUUGAACGUGGAGGAGCUGUACACAGCCCUGCUGUACAUGAUCCAGCACCAGAUUGGCUUCGACGUGGUGGACGAAGUUGCGCAGGAUGACGUCGUCGAUUACCUGCAAAAAGCGUUCAACAUCGACGACGAGACGCACCAGAGGGUCAUGGAGGAAACGCGACAGAUGGAGGCACCCAAGAUGCACUUGAACGUUGAAGUGAUGGAGGCCAAGGAGCUAAACCCACUGGAUUCUAACGGGAAGAGCGACCCAUUUUGCGUUCUAUAUCUGGAAUCGGCGCCGACCCACAGAUUCAACACGGCCGUCAAGCCCGAGACCUUGGAACCCGUUUGGCACGAGCACUUUGAAAUGCCGCUCGACAACCCGGAAAACGAUGUGCUGCACCUGGAGGUGUGGGACUUUGACGCGGCGGAGUCGGUGCCCGAGAAAAUGAGCAAAGUGAAAAGCGUUAAGGGGAUGCGGGGCCUCGUGAAACUGGCCAAGGAGAUCGCGAUAACGGCGACGAGCGGCAACCACGACAACGAGUUCAUCGGGGGGGCUCGUGUACCCCUGCAGGCGAUCCCCGUGACGGGCCACGUCAUGUGGUACGCCCUCGAGAAAAACAACAAGCCGAAGCGCCGGGGCCUGGUGAAGCUCCGAUUAGCUUUUAGCACCGAGCACAACGCCCGGGUGGCCUACCAGGAGCACCGCAGCUUGUUGCGCAUCCUCUUGCUCCACGAGCUCGAGAGCCACCCUACCGAGAGGUAUAGUUGGCAGGGCGGCUGGUCCGGGCCCGCCGAGGUCGUCGUCCUCCAGCACGCGGUCCAGCGCGGCCUCUGCCCCAAAUUCGUCAACCUGGCCCGGUGGAUCGAGUUCGCGGCCGCCCACCAGGAGCACCAGCUCAGCUUCGCCGUUUUCCUCAAACUGGCCGAGGAGCUCGUUGCUCCCGUGGCAAGUGGGAGCCUCUCCGACCAGGAGACCCUGCAGUUCUGGGACGCGUGCAAGAAGAUACUCUACUCGGGCCUCAACGCCCUCAGGAAGAUACGCAGGCUGCAGGUCGACAAGGAGCACAUGAUGAAGCAACUAGUCGCUAUUCUUAGAAUGAUUUCGUUGCUAUCGUCGUCGCUCGAGGUGCCCCAGACCGUCAACCUGUUCCCCCUGGAAAUGUACUCGUGGCUGCCCCCGGAAAUUCUAGACGGCGACCGUAUCAGCAUACCCGAAGCCUUGGAAUUCGCGGUGAUUCGAGGUGGCGCCGAGCGGUUCGAGUACAUUGUGGCGAACAACAAUUUGGAGAGCGACAGCGACGAGGAGGCUCUCAAGUACCACAUUAAAAUAAUUCAACUGGUCAGACUGGACCUGCAACGCGCCUACGAGCUCUACGAGAAAUUGUUCAUCAAGACGAUAAACUUUCCGUACACAAAGACGCUGUACAUAGCGUACGAGAAGCGCGUGAGCAGCCUGUGCAUGGUGAUCAUCGAGGACAUUUGCGGCAGGUUAAAGAGGAUAGAGCUCGAUGGCUCGAACGACCCGGAACUCGGCCUCGGCAUGACCUUGUUCGAGCUGUACCUGGCCAUACAAAGAUUCGCCGCGGUCGGCCAAAACUUUUGCCCCGACGAGCUCAAGGACAUGAAGGUCCAGUCUUACUACACGUGGUUCCAGGACGGGGUCGCCCAUUGGCUCGAGAUAGCCGCGUACAAGGCCAUCAAGCGAAUCGAGCGGGCGGUCGAGUUCGACAAUCUCCAGCCGGUCGACUCGAGCGUCCAGUACACAUCGAGCGCCGUCGACGCCCUCACCAUCUUCUACCAGAUCAAGGUCUUCUGGACCCAGUUGGCUUGGCCCGAGACCGAGGGUGCCUACGCCUUUGUCGCCAAGAUCAUCGAUGACAUAUGCAAGUGCUGCAUCGUCUACGUCGAUUGCAUGGCCAACAAGGCGGAGGAGAGGCAGCGCAAGGAGGACGAGGCGAGCCCGGCCAACGUCUACGGCAGGCAGUUCAACGUGUCGGUGGCCUGGUGCUACGCCAUCAACAACAUAGACUACGUGCGCACGUCCAUAGAGCCGCUGGCCAAGGAUCUCGGGCUCGGUAGUGUCAUAGAGGCACUCGCCGAGAACCUCAGCCAACAGGACGCCGAUCGGUGCAAUCGUACCUUACAGCUCAUCAUCGACAACGCCAAGGACACGAUGAAGAACAAGAUCGACGACAUGCUCGAGAGCGUGGCGCGGAAAAUGGUGCCCGCCAUGGAUCGGUAUCUGAUGGAGGGCGCCGAGUUGUCGGGUUCGUCGAGCAACUCGAUGGACAAGCUUAUGGAGUACCUGGACCAGAAUCUCAUAACGUUGCACGACAAUCUCAACAAGGACAACUUCCAGAGGAUCCUGGUCAUCAUUUGGGAACUGAUGGCCGCCGUUCUGGCCUCGCUCGUCGACAGUAACUUGGAGCGCCGCCGACCGCCCUCUUACUACUCGAGUCUGCACAAAACGCUGCAGGCCCUCAUACAGUUCUUCAAUUUCGGGACCAACGAGGUGCCGAACGUCCAGGUGCUCGAGCGCAUCGAGAAAACCCUGAAGCUCUACGGCAUGGAGACGAACGAGGUCAUCCACCGCUACUACCUGGACAGGCUAAAGGAACAGUCGGGUAUCGAGAACGAGCCCCACGGCAUGCUCACGGUCAAGGCGUACUUUUUCAACGACCUCCUCAACAUGCAGAUACUCAACGCCCGGAAUCUCCGAUCUACGGACGGUACGUGGGACACGCGUGUGUACAUAUUUAUACAUUUUUUUAUUUUUUGUUUAUUCGCUUUGGCAGGCAGCUGUAAUUCUUACGUGAAAAUCACCCUCUACCCCGAGGACGUUUUCGCGGGGACAAAGUCGCUCAAGACGGGCGUUCAGAAAGAAACGCAGUUUCCGCUCUACGACGAAAGUUUCAACAUUCCAUUGACGACGGAGCAGAGGAAGCUCGAGAACGCAAUAAUAAGGUUCGAAGUGAAAGACAAGGACUUUUUGCGAACGAAAUUCAUGGCCGAGUGCUUCAUGCGGUUCGGCGACAUCCACGAGAAGGACUCCCACCAGGGAUUCGGCCAACUUGAACAAAUCCACUUGAAACUUUCGCGGCCCACAUCUCAAAGUUCCGAAGUUAUCAACGUCUUGUCACGCCGCAAGGGCGACAACUUGGCAUCGAACUUCAUGUCGGGGCUACAGUCGAAAAUGAACUCCAGCUGAAGAUGACGUCUUUUUGCAACACCAGGCCCGAGCUGACUCUAUCUUUUUAUACAUGAAUAUAAUAUAAAAAUAAUAAUAAUAAUAAUAAUAAUACAUGGAGCUCCGUUAGUGCGAUAGGAAGCAUGUGUACAAAAAACCAAUUAGCUUCUGUGCAGUGUACCUCACGAUCAUAAAACAUAUAUGUACUGUAACGGAACAAAGAGCCGUUAUGAUCUGAUGAUAUUUGUUAAAGUUAUUUUUUUUAAGAAUUAAAAAAAAAAAUUGCUUAUCUUUUUAA